AACGACACAUCCUGAACAGACUCUAUACCUUAACCCUUUUCCACAGCUCACAACUCACAACAUGGCGGAGGGGCGCGUCUGCGAGGCAGUCGCUGUGGAAGCGAACCCUGAAGUUUCGACGACUGAAGAUACCAGGAAUGCUGCUGCACCAGUAGCACCGGCAUCGCCGACUCCUGCCGCAUCACCACCCGCCGCGCCAGUGUUGCCAGCUGCAGUCAUUGUGGCGGAAGAAGACCCAGACCCAUCCACUGAUGGAUACGAGACUAGCAGCGAUGGCAGCUCCAAUGCCUCGACUUCACUGUCGUCGAGCGUUCGUGACUAUGAAUGGGAAAAUAAGCGCCGCUAUCACAAGUUCAAGCAAGGGCGUUACUUGUGUCCAAACGAUGAGCCUGAACAGGAUCGCGAGGACAUGAAGCACGCUUUGGUGGUUCACAUCUGCGACGGGGAUUUACACAGCGCGCCUCUAGAAAACCCGCAAAAGAUUCUCGAUAUUGGUACCGGUACUGGGAUCUGGGCGAUUGAUAUGGGCGACAACUAUCCAGAAGCACAAAUCGAUGGUAUUGAUCUGAGCCCUAUCCAACCCGGCUUUGUGCCGCCGAAUGUCAAAUUCUUGGUCGACGAUGCUGAGGCAGAGUGGCUGUACCCGGACAACUCAAUUGAUUUCAUCCACCUGCGGCAUAUGGCUCCUUUCAUCAAGGACUGCCCUAGGCUUCUGCGUCAAGCAAAUAGGGUAUUAAAGCCGGGUGGGUGGAUCGAGCUGCAAGAGCUGAGAUGGAGAUUCGCUUGCGACGAUGACACGAUGGGCCCCGACUACGCCCCAACCAAGAUGGUGUUGUUGUUGUUGUUGUUGUAUUUAACGCCGUGGCGGCCGGGCUAGAGCCCUUACCGCAGACCUCCCGAAGGGUAUAUGGC